AUGCGUGAUGAUGAAGGUAUGGAUGAUAGGGGUGACGGUGAAGGUAUGGAUGAUAUGGAUGACGAUGAAGAUAUGGAUAGUGGGGAUGGAGGAGUGAGUGGUUUACCAAGUAAUUGUACAGCUUCUAGGUUUUAUAAAUUUCUCGAGGAGUCAAAGAUACCAUUGUAUCCUGGCUACGACAAAAUGUCAGUGAUGUCUUUUCUUGUCAGAUUUUGGAACUAUAAAUGUGUUGGAGGGAUGUCUGAGAAGUCAGCCAAGGAUAUGCUUCAACUUAUGAGGGAUUCAUUUCCUGAUAAUUGUAAUUUGCCAGAAAAUUUCACACAGUGCAAGAAAAUACUUUCAGAGUUAGGAUUGACUUACAAUAAGAUUAAUGCGUGUCCGAAUGACUGCAUUCUUUAUUAUAAGGAGUACGCCGAUAGGGAAACAUGCCCUGUUUGUAAAGCAUCUCGUUACAAAGAUGGAACCAAAACACCAGCUAAUAUACUUCGACACUUUCCUUUGAGACCUCGGCUACAGCGGCUGUACAUGGAAUCUAAGACUGCAGGAUAUAUGAGAUGGCAUGCUGAAGGGCGUCCGAGGGAUGGUAAAAUGAGACAUCCAGCUGAUUCUGAAGCUUGGAAGCAUUUCGAUGAGAUGAAUCCGACGUUUGCUGCUGAACCGAGGAAUAUCAGACUAGGUUUAGCAACAGAUGGUUUUAGUCCAUACCAUUCAACCAGAAAUCCGCAUAGCACAUGGCCUGUGGUCCUUUUACCAUACAAUCUGCCCCCAUGGUUGUGCAUGAAGCAACCUAACAUGAUCUUGUCUUUGCUUAUAUCAGGCCCCUAUAGUCCAGGUAACAAUAUUGAUGUAUACCUGAGGCCCUUAAUCGACGAGCUUAAGGAGUUGUGGGAAGAAGGGGCAAAUACAUAUGAUUCUUCACGAAAUGAAAUGUUUAAUAUGCGUGUGGGGUUAUUAUGGACUAUAAGUGAUUAUCCUGGACUAGCGAUGCUAUCAGGAUGGAGUACCAAAGGCAAGUUGGCAUGUCCAACGUGUCAGGAAGAUACACGGCAUCAGAGGUUGAAGCAUGGAAGAAAAACCUGCUACAUGGGACACCGACGCUUCUUGCCAAUGCGUCACAGGUUUCGCUCUCUAAUGAAGGAAUUCAAUGGUAAUGUGGAAUACGGUUCACCACCAAACCCAUUGUUAGGGCCAGAUAUCUUGCAGAAGCUAAAACACAUUCCACAUGUAUUUGGCAAACAGUUUGAGGAUAGUCUGAUGGGUGAUCGUCCACGCAAUAGAAAAGAACGAGCAUCAAAUACAGCUACGAGUAACAUGCCGGGCAAUUGGAAGAAAUUGAGUAUUUUUUAUGAACUGCCGUACUGGGCAGAUAAUGUACUCAAACACAAUUUAGAUGUCAUGCACACUGAGAAGAAUGUGUGCGAUAGCGUUAUUGGUACUCUGCUGGAUAUGGAUAAGAAAGCCAAGGAUGGUCUAAAGGAAAGGUUAGAUCUUCAGCUUCUAAAUCUCAGACCUGAGCUUCACCCAAUUAUGACUGCAAAUGGGAAGAAAUUCUUCUUACCAAAUGCAUGUUACUUUAUGGAUAAUGCUAAAAAGGAGAUGUUCCUUAGUGUCUUGAAGAACUUGAAGACCCCAGAUGCAGCUAUUGCCUUUGGCAAUUCGAAAGACGUUGCCAGAUAG